AUGACUACAACACCAACUUCUCCUAAAUUGCAGCUCCAAGAGGAGAUGAUGGAAACUGUGUCAAGUUCCAUCUUGGGCAACACUGAGUCUCUCGAAACUGGGUCUAUCCUUAAGCCUGAGGCUGAAGAGAUACUGAAAGGGGAAAGUCAGGAGACAGAGUAUGUGUUAUCCAGUCACAUUGAAUGUGAAAAAAGUGCAGAGAUGCCAGCUCCUGAGGAGCCACACUGCUACAUCUUUGGGAGCCAAGAAGCGAGAAUAGAUGAGAAUGCUGCCCAGAGUGCUGCCACAUGGCGCUGGGAUGUUUUUGAGUCUCAGAAAAACUUAAAUGAAGAAGCCCCAUGGGGGUAUGGAGUCAAGGACCCAGCCCCUGUAGCAUCCUGGGGUGCCGUUGCAGAAAGGGCCGAAGGUGAUGACGCUGCUUCAGCUGCCAAGGAUAAACAGGAAGACGCCCACAGCCUGCUGACAGACCUCCAGCCUCACGAGAAAAGCAGUCUGCUGAGUCACAUCUCGGGUGGUGACAAGCCACUGCUGUCACAGCAAUGCUCCACCUUCAGCCAAAGCCAAAGUUUCAUCUCAGACCCUGAAUCAGCUCCCUUUCCGCCCAGUUUUUAUCAUUCUAUGAUGGCCUCACGUUUUUCACAGCACAGCAGUGGUAAUGGCAAGGAGCCAGUGAACAUCACCCAACUCACCAAGCAAAUCCAGAGCCUCAAACAGAGAAUUAAGAAAUUUGAAGAAAAGUUUGAGCAAGAGAAGAAAUACCGGCCAUCACAUGGUGACAAGAUUUCUAAUUCUAAAGUUAGGAAAUGGAUGAAUGAGUUAGAGAAAAAUUGUAAGCAGCUUAAAGAACUAAAGCUGAAGAUGAUGCUUGAAAAACAAGGGAGUGCCAUGAAAGGCCUCUCCAGAAGCCUGUAUGCGGAGUAUCCCAAGGGGCCUCAAGAGAAAGAGAUGCCUCAAACCAUGGACACUAAGCCAAGCUCCUUCAGAGCAGGAGCUUCAUGCCCGCAAAGAAGAGAGCUGUCCCCAAAGAAGGGCAUUCAGGAAACUAAGGAAGUCAGGAAGCCAUCGGCAACUUACAGUCGACACAGAGUGAGCAAGUCAGCCUUUGCAAGGCGGUCCGUCAUUCCAACAAUUCAGGAAGAGGAUUCAGAAGACAAUUGUGCCCAGGGAAGUCAGCCAAGUCCUUUGCCAGAUCAGCUAUUGCACCUCAAUGUUGGUGAUUGUCAAGGCUCCUCUAAGGAAAGUGAGCCUUUUAAGAUCUUACAACCAGAGGAAAACAAGGAAAUCAAACCACCUACCAUCUCUAUGUCUGUUUUACACGAAGCCACCCUGCCUGUCCUUCUUGACCAGUUCCGAGAAGCGAAGGCUGAGAAGAGGAGACUGCAGCGAGUCAUAAAAGGAUUUGACGAUGGUGUUUCGAAACAAGCAGGAAUAAAUCCCCCAAAGGAACGUAGAAGACCACUCUCAGCUGAAUACUUGGAAUACAAGGCCAUCAAAGCCAGGCUGAAAUUAUUAGAAGCCCUCAUCAGCAAAAAAGAUAAGGACCAAGCAAUGUGA